AUGUCGGCACGUAAGGACUACAGCUAUCGACAGGAAGAGGACGGGGAACUGCCCGCAUUGGUUGGCGGAAACGAACAAAAUUUGAACGAGCUUCUGGGAGCCGUUAGUUCUGAUGGUGGACAUUGCAUAGCGACUGACAGGAAAAUAGAGCAGGCCAACAAGCAGUUGGAAGUUGGAAGUGCCACUGGUGACAAGAAAAUUCCCGUUACAAUAAUUACUGGAUAUUUGGGCUCUGGUAAGUCCACAUUGCUGGAGAAAAUAGCCCUAAAGGGUUCAGACAAAAAAAUUGCCGUUAUUCUCAACGAGUUCGGAGACUCGAGCGAGAUUGAAAAGUCCAUGACAAUACGGGAGGGCGGAAGCUCUUACGAAGAAUGGCUCGAUCUUGGAAACGGGUGUCUGUGUUGUAGCAUGCAGGACGUCGGGGUCAAAGCAAUCGAAGGUCUGAUAUCUCGUUGUCCUGGAAAAAUCGACUAUAUCUUGCUAGAAACGUCUGGGGUCGCAGAUCCACAUCCAAUUGCAAAAAUGUUCUGGCAGGACGAUGGCCUUUACAGCAACGUGUACUUGGACUCGAUCGUGACUGUUCUAGACGCCGAAAAUGUCUUGACUUGUUUGGACGAUGUUUCUCCUGCAACACACUGGCAUGGCGAAGAUGUCGGUAUCGAGGGGAAUAUGACGAUUUCACAUUUGCAAAUCGCCAUGGCCGACUCCAUCGUUUUGAACAAAAUGGACAGACUCAGCGAUAGCGAGAUGGUACGAAAAGUUGAACUCAAAGUGCGCCAAAUAAAUUCAAUGGCUCCCAUACAUUAUGCAAGCUAUGCUGAAAUCCCAUUGAACAAAGUUCUAGAUCUGCACGCAUUUGACACCGUGAAGUUCGAAAAUGCUCCACAAGCGACUUUCCACGACCCUCGUAUUACCACAGUAACUCUUGAAUUUAGACCUCUGGUCAACGAGGAUGAAUUUCAGAGGUUUCUCAAAGAUUUCUUGCGUACUGUUCUUUGGAAAGGCUUUGGAUGUGAUGUUCAAGGUGACUGGGAAGUUUUGAGGACAAAAGGUCUGCUUCGUGUUGCUGACACUUGUAAAAUCAUACAGGGCGUUCGAGAGACUUUUGAUGUUCUGCCCAGUCUCAACUUGGAGCAAACCCAAAAUUGCAAGGUGGUUUUCAUAGGCAAAGGCAUCACAAAGCAAUCUCUAGAAGACAAUCUAUCGAGAGUCAUAUAA